CUGGACCUAUACACGCUUACUCAGAAGUAAGUGCAACUGUGUCCAACGAGGCUCACUCCCAAGAGUCUCUGCACUAGAUAAUUUUACUGCAUGGGACAAGCAGAAGAGACAAUGCUGUAGAGGGCCAAUGUGCUACCAGUGAUUCUAUCCGCUGCCCAGAAGCCGGAGACCGUUAUUUUGCAGUGAACAGGAGAUCCAGGGAGGAGGAGGAGGAAAUUUUGCUUUCAAAAUGCCACGAUCCUUCUUAGUCAAGAAGCAUUUCAACUCUUCCAAAAAGCCAAAUUACAGUGAACUGGAUACUCACACAGUGAUUAUUUCCCCAUACCUCUAUGAGAGCUACCCAGUGCCUAUAAUUCCACAACCAGAGAUCCUGAGCUCAGUCGCUUACAACCCCAUCACAGUGUGGACUACAACUGGGCUUCUGCCUUCCCCGUUACCCAGUGACCUCUCACCUCUCUCUGGAUAUUCUUCAUCUUUGGGAAGAGUCAGCCCACCUCCUCAUUCUGACACUUCAUCCAAGGAUCACAGUGGCUCAGAGAGCCCCAUUAGCGAUGAAGAAGAGAGAAUCCAGGCCAAGCUUUCAGAUCCUCAUGCAACCGAAGCUGAAAAAUUUCAAUGUAGUUUAUGCAACAAGACCUAUUCUACUUUUUCUGGACUGGCCAAGCAUAAGCAGUUGCACUGUGAUGCCCAGUCUAGGAAAUCUUUCAGUUGUAAAUACUGUGACAAGGAAUAUGUGAGCCUGGGAGCUCUUAAGAUGCACAUCAGGACUCACACACUACCUUGUGUCUGCAAGAUCUGUGGCAAGGCUUUCUCUAGACCCUGGUUACUUCAAGGACACAUCCGGACUCAUACUGGAGAAAAGCCUUUUUCAUGCCCUCAUUGCAACAGAGCAUUUGCAGACAGAUCCAACUUGAGGGCCCAUCUACAGACCCAUUCGGAUGUGAAGAAAUACCAGUGCAAAAAUUGUUCCAAAACGUUCUCUCGGAUGUCUCUCCUGCACAAACAUGAGGAAUCUGGCUGCUGUGUAGCACAUUGAGUUUAUCUGGACUCCAGGCAUUUCUCUACUCCUUUUCGACAAGAUAAGAGGAACUCUCGCCCAGAGGUGUUUCCUCUCCUACUGGCCACCUGCCCUAAUAGGUGCAAACUCAGCUAAAGUGUGACAUUGGGUGGCACAAAGGAAUUAAAGCAUCUAAAAAUGCAGGAAGAUUGAAGCACAUGCCAAAUGGACACAAAAUCUUUCUCUCAUCUUUUUUGCUAAGAAAGCACCACGCAGUUGCAAUUUACAUUUCUGCCAAACAAAAUCACCCAAAUAAACAUUGUGGUGUUGAAAACAAUCCAGGACCAAGACUGCUUCUUGCCAGAUACCAAAUAUCACAGGUGCCUUCAGAGUAUUCCAAAUCGCAUCAAUAUCCAAUAGGACAUGUUGAUUUUUAUUUUAUUUUUUUAGAAUAGCAUACCUCUUGAUCAGUGACCUGAGAUGUCUUCAAACUGCAUCAUUCAUAGAGGAGGGUGGGGGGAGAGAAUGUAUGUUCAAUGGUUUGCCUUGUUCUGUAAUAGUAUGUGCCUUUUGUAAAACUGUUACUGCAGACAUUCCUGGUGCAUGCUUGAUUCAUAUUUCCUUCUCUUUAAAAAAAUUGUUGCAGUUGUUAACUUGCUUUAAAAAAAACGGGAAUAAGUGCAAGAGUGAGGGUUCAUGGGAGUUUGACAAUGGAUUACUUAAAAGCCUUUUUUCCUAAAUGCACAAAGGAAAUGCAAUAUCAUGAGCAAUACCCUCCAAGUGCCUUUGAGUAUGUGGACAUAAUGUAAAUAGUUUUAUUUUUAUAUGACUGAAUGUGUCCUGAAUAUAAAUGAAAUAUUAUCUAUAGCAACGCCUAUAGGUAUCUUGAAGAAAGUAUGAAUGUCUUGUUUUUUAGAAAGUUUUGUACAAUAAACAUUUUGGAAUAAUA